GAGGAGACAUGCAUGUGACGUAUUAGUCACGGCAUAGAAAUCAAAGAACAUUGAUUUUUCCAGUUUAGUUAUAAGUGUAGGAAAGAAAUGGCUCGAAUUCAUUUCUGCAUCUCAAAUACCGCGGCGCGAAGUUAUUAGAAUAUGUUGCUGGAAGAGAAAGAAAAUUAUAAGGGGCAAUCUGAUUGGGCCGAUCAUUUUGCAGUGUGUUCGUCGUGUUUGAAAUGCUUGGAACACAAUUAGACUUUUCUCCGUAGAGGACAGUUAUAUUUCGCUAUUAAUGGGUACAUAGUAAUCGUAUUAUGAAUGAAGGGCGAGGAAACUAUGUAAAAUCUCUUAGUUCCUGGUUAUAAUUGGAUAUAACUUCCGAUCGAUUUUCCUUAUUACUACUGCAAUUAAAAGAACAUGCUUCGAAAAUCAAAACUAGAGCCGCAGACGGGAUAUCUUGCAACUCGCAGAUAUGCACAAGUUGUCAAAGAGUGACAAAAAGUGUUUUUGUAGAGUAAAAACCAAGUUUCUGAAAAAGCAAUGAAUGACACAAUGGAAAUGACGAACGGAACAAACAUAUCUUCCACCACGUAUAUGGAGGAGCUGGCCUUCAUCAUACCCCUUACCUGGGGCCUGCUCGUUCUAGUCGGCUCUAUUGGAAAUGGACUGGUCAUUUACACCUUGGGAAAGAAUGGUGAACUGACACCUACUAAUGUGUAUGUGAUAAACUUGGCGUUGGCGGAUCUAACUUUUUUGGUAAUAGUUGUCCCCGUCACUACUGUAAGCUUUGCCGUGGAGGAAUGGGUGUUCGGAGAUGCUGUGUGUAAAAUUAGUAACUACAUGAUAUACGUGACUCUUCAUGCCACGUGCUUCACCCUGACUGCCUUGACGAUAGACAGAUACCACGCCAUUGUCAACGCCGUCAGCUCAAUGAACUGGCGCUCACGCCGGACCUCUACUAUUGUUAGUCUGAUGGUCUGGGCAGUUUCCUUUCUUAUAUCAAUCCCUUUCGCCAUGUACCACAAGGAAGAUAUUCAGCAGAAUAAACUCUUCUGUGUCCCGGCCUGGGGUGACGAGGAAAAGGACAAGCUGGUGUCCCUCAUUGUGAUUUUCACGACCUACGUCAACCCCCUGGGAAUCAUUGUCGUCUGCUACACACAGAUUCUGAGGAACCUCUGGACCAGGAACAGACACUCGUACAUGCCCAGUAUCAAAACUGAGGUGAUUUUUCUCAAUCUUCCACAGGAUGAUUUAAACAGUAGUAUCCCAUUGUCAAGAAGAUCGCAAACGAGGCGUAGGGGGAAAGUUACCCGGAUGGUCUUUAUUGUGGUUCUGUUGUUUGCAGUAUGUUGGCUUCCAGUUCAUAUAUUUCAAUUAAUUCGAAUAUUUAACCCAAACUUCCCUAGGACAACAUCAGUCUAUGUGCUCAAAAUGAUCAGUCACACAUUAUCCUACGCCAAUUCGGUCGUAAAUCCAUUUGUUUACGCUUUCCUCAACGACGGAUUCCGGAAAGCGUUUAGGCGAACCUUUCCGUUUGUCAGUAAUUACUGUCCCUGUGCUCAGCUCCAUGUGGAGGGAAACAGCAAUGCCUCAGACAUGGUGGACCGAUGCAUUCAAACACGUGUUGGUGAAUGUCAAGACGAGAACGGGAAUGGAGGAACAGAAAUAGUCUCCAUGUCGCACGUGUCCGAAUAUAAAAACUCGAUCCCCAUGGUGAUAUUACCAAGGACAAUUCCGUCUGAUAUUGAAGAAAGAAGUGGGAGUGAGCAAGAAAGUAAAUGACAGCUUUUUUUUCGAUGAAAAAAAAACAGCUUUUUUUCUCGAUGGAAAAAAAUCUUGCAUCACUCUUGACGUGUGAACGGACAUUAUUCUACGAAUCCCAUCCUUGCAUCUACCAGAAAAGUAGCCUACAGAGAGUUUUUACACUCUAAGUCUUACAUAUGAAGGAUUGCCAAAGAAAUAAUGGAAAUUAUUGCAUUGGGCGUCAUUUUUUAUGUAAACUGUAACAUUAAAAUCAUUGUUGAGGAUGAUUUAUGAAUAAAAGAAAAAAUGAAGGACAGUUUAUACUGAAAAUCAUUUUCUUUUUGGCUUUCUUUGUCGACAAUAUCGUGUAAAUGCUUAAAAUCUUCAAAGUGUUUGAAGCAGAUACUUGAUUUAAUGUUCUUUUUAUUACUUAGAAUUGCCAAAGAAAUGAUGGAAAAUUGCACUGGGCAUUAAUUUUCUAGGUGCAAUUUAUCUAUUCAAGUCAUUUGUGAAAAUGAUACAUGAAUACGAUGGAAUGAAAUGUGUUUUAUAUUGAAUGACCUUUUCUUUUUUGGCAUUCUUAUAUAUCGAGAAAACCCUAUAAACACCAAAAAUCAUCAAAGAGAAUUGUAACGGGUUCUAAUAACUAGAUUAUUUUACUUUUCCUUUCAAAUUGACAUUAUGUUGUCUUAAAAUAUUAUUAACUCUUUAAACGAAUUUUUACGCAAAGAUUUCUUUAUUCAAAAACAUGUUAUCAAUCACUAACCACUAAUUUGAAUAGUGAAUCUACAUGUAAUGAAGAAAGAUUAAUCGAUUGGUUGUAUGUAUGUUGUUUAACGUUCCUUUCAAAAAUCUUUCACUCAUAUGGAGAUGCCACCAUUUGCAGGUGGAGAGCUGCAAAUUUUGUCCUAUAAUCGGCACUCAGGAUCAUUGAGCAAUGAGGGAUCUUUUUCGUACCAGCACCCUCUGUGACAUGGUACCUCGGUUUAUACGGUCUCAUCCAAAGGACUGGUCACUAUAUCCCACAUGGGAUUCGAACCCGCGACGUAAGGAUCAAGUGUAAUGAAGAUAGAUAUUGCUUGUUGACACAAAUGCAUAUUGUGCUUGUCGUUUAUUUUAUAAUGAAUGUCUGCAUGCUUGAAUUAUUGUGCUAAAUACUUUUUGGAACUUUAUUUUAAUAUUCAUUGAAAAACAAUCUCUAAGAAGAGAUAAAGGAUGCAUAUUCAGUUGUGUUGGCUGAAAGAGUUGAUGCACAAGUUCUCACAGAAGCAUAAGUAUUAACAAAGUAAGUUUUCAAUAAACCAAAAGCUCAGAACAGAGGAAAGUUUUUAACACAUGUAAGCCAGUGAAUUUUCAAAUCGGGUUCUAAUGACCUUUUUCAUUAUUCCGGGAUUAUUUCAAGCUUCCUGGAUUAUGUGGGGUUUCUUGGUUUGCUGGAUACUCUCAGUCAGUUCAUUUCCUGCGUCGCGCAAUUGUAAUUAAUGUAAAGGGGGGAAAUGAAAGCUUAUACACUAGAGACUGUGCAGAUAAUGUUAGCCUAUUUUAAUGACUUCAAAGGAAUGUUUUUCAUUAUAUGAGUUUUGUGAUGUGCCCCACAUGGAUAAAAUAAAUGCCUAAAGAAAGUGUAACAUGCAAUAUAGCAAGAUACCAACCACCUGUCUCUGGUUUGCUAAUGCCUUGUUGUUAGAUGGUGAAAAAACGUAAUGAGGAAAUCGAAUUUUUACAUCGUGUUAGUCCGAAUUUAAACGAUAUUUUGUUUUCAUUUAUUUUAGAGUCGAUUAACAGAGUUUACUAUUUUUAUUAGAGAUAUACUAUUGUCAAUUACUAUGUGUUCAUUAAAUCAUUGUGCGAAUAUUUAAAAGGUUAAGUAAAUUUACUUGUUUUAACGAUCUAUUUUAUACGUUUUUAUUAAUUUGUGUGGGAGUGUAUCUAUGCGUUUACAUAACUAUUACGUCGUUUACAAU